UUGUUCUCGCAAGAGCUUUGGAUUUUACUAGCAUAUUAUCCAUGGAUAUACCUUUGUAUCAAUUACGGUGAUAUCAAUGAUAACUUACAAAGCGCUCAGUUUAGUGGUCCGUGUUUUUCUGUUUCUCAUUCGGCCGCCGAGGGUUCCAAGGCUCCAGGUUUGGGACGCGUAAAUUUGGCUGUAAUUGAUCCGGACCCCGGGAUUUACAUUAUGCCUCGGGUAAAAGUGGUUCCGGUGGAACCGUGCAAUUUGAACGUGCGUGCGGUUGGGGGUGUGUCACUGAGAGUCCUGGGUAAACAAUGUGUCGGUGUGCGGAUUGGUGGGGUGACCGUUACUCAUGAGAUGGUCCUAAUAGAAGAUGCAAGUAAGGUUAUAAUCGGUGUCGAUCUGCUCAGGCGCGUGGAUGCGAAGAGUGAUUUCGUAGGAGGUAAAUUGCUCGUAGGAUCGCAAGCACAGGAAUGA